GCCCCCCAAGUGUGAUGAAAGAGUUAUUAUUGCUAACCGAGAAGGGGAGAUGCUACAGAUGCCAACGUGCUACAGUAGAACAGUACGGUCUAAGGCUUCUGUCAAAAACGUUCAUACAAGUACGACAAGAAAACAAGAUUUAUAAAAUAUUAUUUCUAUCUACUUCUAUUUCUACAACUGAAAAACUCUCGCCGCGGAGAUCCGCCGUGUUCGACUGGUUCACGGACGACUACCAUCAUUGGUUUGCAGACGAGAACGUUUCAGCGAUUAACUAUUGUACCAUAUUGGCAUAUUCUAUUCUACACGAUUUAUACGAAUCAUAAUAUUAUGUUUGUGUACACAUAAAAUAUUAUAUUGUUUUAUUAUUUUUAUUUUUUUAAACAUUUUUUUCCGAAAAUAAAGCCAUACACAUCUCGUU